UUGGCUAAACAUUUUAUUAUCGUUCUAGCUGCUUGCGUGGUGCUUGUGGUUUAUUAGAGCCCACGAACAAUGGGCAAUCUUUUAAUUUAUUCACUUAUUUAUAUAAUAAUUUUGUGUCCCAUCAGUAUUAAUUCAGAUGCCGUUUCAGAUAGCAAAACAAUUGCAAAAGUUGAGAAAAAGUUGAGCGACUACGUUCUAACAAUAUUAGAGCAUUUCAAGCAGAAAGAUCCUGUAGGACUACCGGGAGCUCCGAUACCCGAUCCCAUGGACAUACCUCCCAUGACCCAUUCAUUUUCUGUAGGACGAAUGAAUAUGAAAAAUGUAAAACUAUACGGAUUGAAGAAAUUUCGAAUCGAUCACAUGCUAGUCGAUUUAGCGGCUAUGCAAGUGGAAGUUAGGAUAAACAUUAAAAAACUUCACGUUUUUGGAAAUUACACUUUAAGCACUUGGCUAUCGUCAUCAAAUGGACCUUUUACAGUAAAUCUUACUAACGUUUUUGUAAAGGGCAUUGCCCGUUUGGAAGUUGAGAGAGGAGGGCAUUUGGAAGCCCAAGAAAUGAACAUGGACAUAAACUUCAAAGACAUCUCGAUGAAUUUUGAAAGAUUAGGAUUCUUGGCAAGUGUGUUUCAAGGAGUUAUGAAUUCCGUUGGUACCUUCGUGUUCGAUUCAAUAAAACCGUUCCUGUUAACUGAAGUAAAUACGAAUGUCAGAAAAGACGUAAACAAGGAAGUGCAAAAAAUCCCACAAAAAUUCCCCAAUUCUAUUUCUCCUCUGGAUCAACUAAUGGCUGAAGCAAGGAGAAAAGUCAGAGACAUGGGAUACGACCCAUACAAAGUGGACGAUUAUAAUCAAACAGUCGGAUUGUGCACCAUCUUCAUGACCCAUACGUGGAUAACAGGAUUAUCUUCUUUCCACAGAGUCGGAAAUAUCACAGUCGAAUUACAAAACAGCACGUUCUACAUUAACAUGGAAGUCGGGACGCAAAGAUUAGAAGGGACAAGUCAUUGGGAGGUCUCCUUAAUCGGUAUGCUAUCUAGGGCUGGUAAAAUUAAAUUCACAGUGGAGUACAUAACGGUACUUGUUGUCGUUGAGCAAAAUGUAGACGUAAGAAAAGGUCCAAUAUUGGACGACAUACAGAUAGAACUGGGAAACAUUCAAGUUAGGUUCGAUGGAGCCGGAACGGUGGAUUAUUUGAUAGAAUUCGGAGUGAAUAUUCUCCCUAAUCUUCUAAGAUACCAGAUAAUGGACGCAUUAGAAUCUCCGAUUAAGUCCAGAAUCCAGGAAACGCUAGACAGGGUAAAUAUGGAACAAGUCAUACACCAAAAUCUGCCAAAGCUUGACGAACAGCAGGCCAAAGGAUUUCAAGGGUUCUUAUAAAGGUUUUUAUUAAAAUAAAUAUUUAUUUAAUUGCCGCCACAUCAAUAUGUAUAUGUACAAUAUGUUAAAUUUAAGGGAAUUAUAAAUAAGACAAAGUUUCGCUAAUAAAUUUAUAUUGUCAACUCGAAAUAGACUCGUGAUUAGGUUUGACAACAUUUUGUAUUUGUUUCUUGUUACCAAUUAGUGCCUGGGGUUGGUUCUUCGACUACUUUAAUACAACCAAUCGUUUCUCAUUGUAUCUACGCAGUUUUAAAGUCAAAGUUCUAUAUUUAUACUUAUAAACGUCAAGAUUCUUACUCCCUAAUGAACCGCAAAGAUGAUAGACUCUAAAGAAACUACAAAAAAGGCAAUGUUAUUAUAAUAAAUGGGCAACACUUUACACAUCACUAGAGCAGUAUAUAACAAUAAAUAUUCAACACCUCAUUACAUUCUCUUUUAGAAAAGUUUAACAACAUUUUAGGUAUGUUAAUUUAAUAUAACAAGUUCAUUUGCACAACCAUUACCAUGUUUUUAUGUUUUUUUUUUUAAUAACUCUAGAUAUGCACAAUAUCUAAUUUGGUAAUUUUACUUUCCAAAAACUCUAAAAAUUGAUUUAACAUUUUGCACUUUACUUACCAUAUAAUUAUUAAUGUUUUAUUUGUAAAAUUAGGAUCUAAACAAACCAAAAAUGCGCACAUUUUAAUGUCAAUUGGUCCUACCGUACUGCUGCACUUUUCCAAAUAAGAACAAACAAUUUUCGUACCUACUAUAAUAACUAAUAAAAAUCUAUCAAAGUAUUUUAACUGUCACAAAAAAGUAGAAAAUAAUUUUGGAGUACAAUUAACAGAUAUAAAAUUUAUUGACUUCUUUUCUGUAAUGUGUACGUAAACACCUUUUUCUGCGUUUUUGAAAUCUGAAUACUUUCGACAGAUUGUUUCUAUACGUUUUUUAUUUAUGGUAUAACUGUACUCGAUGAGGCACCUUUAUCAAUAACGAAACCCUACGCUACAGUAAACCCGAAUAUUAUAUAAAUUAAUUAUUAAUUCUUGUAACAAUAAAUGUAACACGCGUGUUACAUAAUAAGGAACGUUGUUUUCGUUAAAACUACCAUCCUAAAGGAAAACAAAAAAGCAUGAAAACAUUGAAUUUCUACUUUUUUUAAUUGUCUAAUUUAUUAUGAUUAGGGAACAGAAGUCGUUUGUACAUAUGGGGUCCAUACUUAGGCCAACAAAAACCUCAUUUUCGCCAAAUAUACUUUGGCAUGUGUUUGUACCUUGCUUUCCGCAAAUAGUAGCUUAACGUCCCAAGUACGCCCCUGAUAAUGGCGUUAUAAAUGUAUAAACAACAUUGGCGCCCUAAUCAUGACAUGUUUUAGAAGUUUGUACCAUUAUCCACUAUAUGUUUAAUUUAUGAGCAAACUGUUUUAAGAAUAUAGGUAUGUAAUGAAUAAAGUAUAAAAAAUAUCGUUCGUAGAUAAACUUAAGAAAGGAGUCUUGAAAAAAUUAAUAAAUUAAUUAAAAAUUG